UGUCUAAACUUGGAACAAACAUAUUUAAUCCUUAGUGACACUAUAAAAAGACAAUCACUAUGGAUUUAGUUGGCACUGACAGAGGGGAAACAGCAGUGGCAGCAUGUCUCCAAAGAAAGCAAAAAAGAAGACGGAUGGGGCCGGCUCUAAUGUAUUCUCCAUGUUUGAUCAAAGCCAAAUCCAGGAAUUCAAAGAGGCCUUCACCAUUAUGGACCAGAACAGAGACGGCUUCAUUGAUAAAGGAGACCUGAGAGACACAUUUGCUGCUCUGGGUCGGAUAAAUGUGAAGAGUGAAGAACUUGACGACAUGGUGAAGGAGGCACCAGGACCCAUUAAUUUCACAAUCUUCCUUACAAUGUUCGGGGAAAAACUAAAAGGCACGGACCCCGAAGAAACCAUUUUAAAUGCUUUCAAGAUUUUUGAUCCUGAUGGUAAAGGCCAUAUAAAAGCAGAAUACAUCAAGGAAAUGCUUACAACUCAAGCAGACAGAUUCAACCAGGAAGAGAUCACCCAGAUGUUUAACGCUUUCCGCCCAGAUGUUGCUGGUAACCUGGAUUACAAGAAUCUAUGUUAUGUUAUCACUCACGGUGAAGAGAAAGACUAGGAGUAGCAAGAUUAUAAAAUUGAAGAUGAAGAUUCUAUGGUGGGAACAUUUCAACACGCUGCUUGAUUUACUCUGAUGAUCAAAGCGCCUAAAAAUGUUUUAACUGUCUACAUAAUAAAAACAAAUAUCCACUGCCA